GGCGCUGCACCGGAGUCUGUCCGCCGCCGCCGCCUGCUUUGUGCUUCCCGCAGAAGAUGGGAGCGACCUCUUCCUGAUCGGGAGCUAUUUAAAAGCAGGGAGUUUGCCGUAUUUCCUACUAGCGGGAGGAACUGGGGAGAAUCCAUUCACACUCCCCAAACCAGUAGGUUGUGACAGUUGGACGUCUCCUUGUACAACAUGCCUCGGUUAAGCCUCUCACCCAUGUUUUCAAUGGGAUUUCAUCUGUUAGCUCUGAUGGCUUUCUUAUUUUCCCACGUGGACCAUAUAACUGCUGAGACUGAAAUGGAAGGAGGAGGAAACAAUACCGCUGAAUGUACCGGCUCAUAUUAUUGCAAGAAAGGGGUGAUUUUGCCUAUUUGGGAGCCCCAAGACCCUUCCUUCGGAGACAAGAUUGCUAGAGCUACUGUGUAUUUCGUGGCCAUGGUCUACAUGUUUCUGGGAGUCUCUAUCAUUGCCGACCGGUUCAUGUCCUCUAUUGAAGUCAUCACAUCCCAAGAAAAAGAAAUAACCAUAAAGAAACCCAAUGGGGAGACCACCAAGACAACUGUGAGGAUCUGGAAUGAGACUGUAUCCAACUUGACCUUGAUGGCCCUGGGAUCUUCUGCUCCUGAGAUUCUGCUUUCAGUUAUUGAAGUGUGUGGCCAUAACUUCACUGCCGGAGACCUGGGGCCCAGCACCAUUGUGGGAAGUGCUGCCUUCAACAUGUUCAUCAUCAUUGCACUUUGUGUUUACGUGGUCCCUGAUGGAGAGACGAGGAAGAUUAAGCAUCUGCGCGUGUUCUUCGUGACGGCAGCCUGGAGCAUCUUCGCCUAUACCUGGCUGUACAUUAUUCUGUCUGUCAUCUCUCCUGGUGUUGUGGAGGUCUGGGAAGGUUUGCUUACUUUCUUCUUCUUUCCCAUCUGUGUGGUGUUCGCCUGGGUAGCAGAUAGGAGGCUGCUGUUUUACAAGUAUGUCUACAAGCGGUAUCGGGCUGGCAAGCAGAGGGGAAUGAUCAUUGAACACGAGGGGGACCGGCCAUCUUCCAAAACGGAAAUCGAAAUGGAUGGGAAAGUAGUCAACUCUCACGUUGACAAUUUCUUAGAUGGCGCUUUGGUUCUGGAGGUCGAUGAGAGGGACCAAGAUGAUGAAGAGGCUAGGCGAGAAAUGGCGAGGAUUCUGAAGGAACUGAAGCAGAAACAUCCAGAGAAAGAAAUAGAGCAGUUAAUAGAAUUAGCCAACUACCAAGUCCUAAGUCAGCAGCAAAAAAGUCGAGCAUUUUACCGCAUCCAAGCUACUCGCCUGAUGACCGGAGCUGGCAACAUUUUAAAGAGGCAUGCAGCUGACCAAGCAAGGAAGGCUGUCAGCAUGCACGAGGUCAACACGGAAGUGGCCGAAAAUGACCCGGUGAGCAAGGUCUUCUUCGAGCAAGGGACAUAUCAGUGUCUGGAGAACUGUGGUACUGUGGCCCUGACCAUUAUCCGCAGAGGUGGGGAUUUGACCAACACUGUGUUCGUUGACUUCAGAACAGAGGACGGCACGGCCAACGCUGGGUCUGAUUAUGAAUUCACUGAAGGAACUGUGGUCUUUAAACCUGGCGAGACCCAGAAGGAAAUCAGAGUUGGCAUCAUCGAUGACGACAUCUUUGAGGAGGAUGAAAAUUUCCUUGUGCACCUCAGCAAUGUCAAAGUAUCCUCUGAAGCUUCAGAAGAUGGCAUCCUGGAAGCCAAUCACAUCUCUACUCUUGCUUGCCUCGGAUCACCCUCCACGGCCACUGUAACCAUUUUUGAUGAUGACCACGCAGGCAUCUUUACUUUUGAGGAACCUGUGACUCACGUGAGUGAGAGCAUUGGCAUCAUGGAGGUGAAGGUAUUGAGAACAUCUGGAGCUCGAGGAAAUGUUAUCGUUCCCUAUAAAACCAUUGAAGGGACUGCCAGAGGUGGAGGGGAGGACUUUGAGGACACUUGUGGAGAGCUGGAAUUCCAGAACGAUGAAAUUGUGAAGAUCAUUACCAUUAGAAUAUAUGACCGUGAGGAAUAUGAGAAAGAGUGCAGUUUCUCCCUUGUGCUUGAGGAACCAAAAUGGAUAAGAAGAGGAAUGAAAGGUGGCUUCACAAUAACAGAGGAAUGUGAUGACAAACAGCCGCUGACCAGCAAAGAGGAAGAGGAAAGGCGCAUUGCCGAGCUGGGAAGGCCCAUCUUAGGAGAGCACACCAAGCUGGAAGUGAUCAUUGAAGAGUCCUAUGAGUUCAAGAGUACUGUGGACAAACUCAUUAAGAAGACAAACCUGGCCCUGGUGGUGGGGACAAACAGCUGGAGAGAACAGUUCAUCGAAGCCAUCACUGUCAGUGCUGGGGAAGAUGAUGACGACGAUGAAUGUGGGGAGGAGAAGCUGCCCUCCUGUUUUGAUUACGUGAUGCACUUUCUGACUGUGUUCUGGAAGGUCCUGUUUGCCUUCGUCCCUCCUACGGAAUACUGGAAUGGCUGGGCAUGCUUCAUUGUCUCCAUUCUCAUGAUUGGCCUACUGACAGCUUUCAUUGGAGAUCUGGCUUCCCACUUUGGUUGCACCAUUGGCCUGAAAGAUUCUGUGACCGCCGUCGUGUUUGUUGCACUUGGGACUUCAGUGCCAGACACCUUUGCCAGCAAAGUGGCAGCCACUCAGGACCAGUAUGCUGAUGCAUCCAUAGGUAACGUCACAGGCAGCAAUGCAGUGAACGUCUUCCUGGGAAUCGGCGUGGCCUGGUCCAUCGCUGCCAUCUACCACGCAGCCAAUGGGGAACAGUUCAAAGUGUCUCCUGGCACACUAGCUUUCUCUGUCACUCUCUUCACCAUUUUUGCUUUCAUCAAUGUGGGGGUGCUGCUUUAUCGGCGGAGACCAGAAAUCGGAGGUGAGCUCGGUGGGCCCCGGACUGCCAAGCUCCUUACAUCCUGCCUCUUUGUGCUCCUGUGGCUCUUGUACAUUUUCUUCUCCUCCCUGGAGGCCUACUGCCACAUAAAAGGCUUCUAAAGGAACAUCAAAUAUAGUAAAUUUAUAUAUAUAUAUAUAUAUAUACAUAUAUAUAUAUACAUAAAAAUUAUGUAUAAUGAACAGAGGAAAUUGACAUUUGUCAUGUUCACUUACCUGCUGAUGGAAUCCAGCUUCAAGAGCAUACUUUGUACUAGGGCCAAAGUCAGAAACCAUCACCUCCCAUUCCCAGGGGCAUCAUCAUGCUGAACAAGGCGCAGAGGCAGGGCCAUAUUUGCAGCUCGGCCCUACAAGAGCUGUACUCUCUCCAGGUUCAUAAAUUGUUAAGGCUUUGAUUUGUUUUCUUGUUUUUCUGUUUUGUUUUCAGUGGGGUUGAGGAGGUGGCUGAUGUUUGGCUUUGCUUUUUGUUUUGUUUUGUUGGGAGGGUCAGGGUUUUCGCUUCUCUUUGUGAGAGGUGAUAACCCAUCCAAAUGUAAAUGGGUUUGGGGUAAAAAUUGAAAUCAUUAAGAUACCCCCUCCCUCACCUCCUCCAAACACUUUAAAAAUGACUUUGGAUUAAGAAAGGAUCUGGGCGUGGAAGAAGAAAGAAGCACAGCACAUCUUCACUCUAUUACCAAAUUUCAUGCUUCUCUCCACAAUGUGAGCAGACUGACGCUGCCUCCAAGAAGAAGCAUGGGAGCUGGGACGGAGCCAGGAAAAGCGAUGGUUCUUGAUAUAGUCUGUUAUUGAAGGAUGCGGUGCCUGGCACUCUUGUUCAACAGGUACAAGGAUAAUGUGCCUAGAUUCCCAGGAACAUGCAAAACCCUUUAUUUCUUAUCUCUUGAACUCUGGACUAUGAUUCACAAGGCCCUAUUCAUUCCAACCCAGGUAACUCCCCAGGUGUCCCAUCCCAGCCCUCUCCUGCUUACCCACUCUCCAUGCAAAAAGGAAGAAUAAUCCCAUUCAAAAAGCACAUCAUCCUUUUCCAUUUGCAUCAGUAUAUGUGUCCCAGUCCCAUGUUGCUGCUGCUGCCUGGGAUUGUCCGUCAGUUUUAUUUUCAAAAGUAUCCGUGGCUCGCACAAUCCUGUCCCAGUCGCUACUGAACAUUUGCUCCUUCUUCAUGUGCCUGUUUGGGAAUGUUGUUGUGAUACCUGUUACACAGUGCAUGGAUGAAAAACAAAACAAAACAAAGCGUAUCUGUAUAUAGUAGAGUAUAGCAUAUACUGUUCUCCCAUUCAGCAACGUUGAUUGGGCGUUGAAGACAUAAGUGAGCUUUCUUUUCACCUGAAUUGUUGCUUUCAUGUUGUUAUUGAGUUUGAUUAUUACUAGGGAUAAAAGGAGAAAAAUGGCUCAUUUUUUCAUGCACAUUCAUUCUAAGAAGCAAUAACAGUCUUGUGGGAAAAGCUAAAGUUAUUGAGAGGCUAGCAGGCAACCUACAAAGAUCUUUAUGGAAAAUUAGCCACGUGGAACAUAUCAGAGGCCUCUGUGAAUCACCCAUUAAUUCAGGAAGGCCAAAGAGAAAGGUGUUGGAGAGAAGUGAAUGCGUGGGAUAUGCCUGGCUUUUAGAACCACCAUGUCCACAACAUCCCUUCCCCCAAAGUAUUUAUUGCACAUCUGCUCUGUCUGGCACAGAUGUUAGAUGGCAUUGGUCUGUUCAUUUUAUUUUUUUAUGUAAAAGGCAUUAUUGAGUCCUGUUUCUUUCACCAUCCAGUCCAGACUCCUCUGAUUAUAUCAGUAGUUCCCAAGUAGGAAAGAAGCCAAGAUAACCAAUGGGCCUUUAAGUGUUUCUCCUCUACUUAUGAUGAAAAGAAGGUAAUUAAAUGAGAUUAGUGCCUCCCAGAGGAUUGCACUGGGAGGUUUUAACCCUUGAAAAGGAAUGGCUCUUUCUAUUUCAAAAUACCAAAGAGUGUAGAUCAACCCAACAUUCCAAAAAGUGAUUCCACUAAUGAGCAAAAUUGGAAUGACUGUUCACCUCUCAGAGACUUCUCAGUCUCUAAGGAAAUCCAGGCCGGAGGCAUCCCUGGCCUUCUGUAUUCAUUCAAAGACACGAAAAAAGAAACAUUGUUGAGGUCUAUUUUCUCUUCAUCUACUCAGUAAUCAUGACCAUUCACCAUUUAUUAAAUGCUUGGUGAUGGAGUAAAUAAUGAAAUGCUGGUCGUCCACUCAACAGGCCAGGUAGAAUACUGUUUCCUGGGGCCCAAGGCAUGACCAAGGCAGCCCAGCUUCCUGCCCUCAGCAGGGUACACAGAGAAUCCAAUUAUUAUUUCCAUGAGUAAAAGUUAACACAACCAUAUGGGAACAGUUUUAUCUUGCAAGGAUGAACACAAUUAUGAAAAUGUUUAAUAUAAACACAUAAUUGUAUAGAUAAAAUUAUCCAAAUAUCAAAGAUUGUCUUUAAGAGGAUGUAAAGUUUAGAUUUGAAGAAUACCCUCCUUAUGCUUGGCCAACUUGCAGAUACGUGUGUCUCCCCAUUUUAAACCAAGAAGGGCAAUCAUGUGGUGAUACACAUCACUGAGCAGACCCAGUUAACCUCAGUUUUUACCAUGUGGCAACAGUACUUUUCCAGGACCCAUCUCUGACCUGUCAUUGACAACCAACACUGGUGACUGCUUUAGGGACACAUCUAACCCACUCCUCCGCCCCCCCACCAAGAUUUAAAAAAUGGAAAGCUAGCCUAGAAACACCAAGUAAAUAAGGGAAGAGAUACAAGGUAUUUAAACUUUAGAAAGAUUGUCCACUCAUUUCUAGCCAUAUUUGGAAUGUCAGUAAUCCCAUAAUGAAUCUUCACUUUAAAAGAACCCUUAAGAAAUUCUUGCUGUUGGUGGAUUUCAAUUUUGAAACAUUUUGGUUUGUUUGCCUUUUCAGUUUUCAUGCUAUAGAGAAAAUACGAUUCUCAUUAUUCAGGGUUGUUAUUAUUAUAGUUGUGUAAAAUUAUUUCAUUUGAUUUGUUUGAUUAUUUUAUUUUGUGUGUAUUGUGCACAGCUUUAGGGGGGAAAUGCACUAAUUGUGCUGUUCCUUAUAAAUGGUACACAUAUUGACACAGACCAAUAAAGUUUCUAAUUGUUUCUGAUUUAA